AUGGCGGCUAAGCCUCUGACGGUCAUGGCAGCAGCUGCUGCGGGCGCCUGGCUUUGCAGCGAGGCCUUUGUGCCUGGCGUGCAGCGGACCACUCAGGCUCAGGCACCGGCGACCCACCUCCGCAGCGGCGCGCGCGCCCAGGCCGAAGGCUCCUCCAGCCUGGCGACCACCGCCGGCGCGGCACUGCUUGUGGCCGGCGCCUGCGCCGCGCGCAGCCGCAGGGUCUCCACCACGGUCUGCAAGGCCUUCGAGAACGAACUGGGCGUCACGAUGCCCAUGAAGUACUUCGACCCACUGGGCAUGGCCAAGGACGACGAUGCCGAAGACUUCCGCCGCCGCCGAUCGUCGGAGAUCAAGAACGGACGCGUAGCUAUGCUGGCCACCCUGGGUUACAUCGUCCCGGA